AUGGAUUUCAUUUCAGGUGUCACAUUGGACAACUUAGUCAAGUAUUUGAUAACAAAUCAAUUAGAUUUUCGCGACUACCAAAUCUUAGCUAUUUCUUACGUUAUCUCAUACGUCCUUGGAAAAUUGGGUGCUCACAAGCACAGUGAUCUUAAGCCUGAUAACAUCAUAAUUGAUGGUAAUUUCGUUGCCCACGUAAUUGAUUUUGGAGAAAUGAGUGCAAAAAAGAAUUUUCUUAUAUCUACAACACAUGCACCACAUGGAAACAGAUGUUUCUCUGCUCCAGAAACAGAAAAACUUACAUAUUAUCCUGCAUCUGAUAUUUAUUCAUUAGGAUGCAUUAUUUAUAAUAUGAUAUUUAAGAUGAUUCCAUUUGAAUCAUAUGCAUCAAAAAAUAAUGAACUACUAAAGAAGAAACAAGAAAAAUUCGAAAGAGUUCAUCAUUUGAAAGCUCCUUCUAAAGAAACAUACCUUGUAACCUUACUCAAGCAAGUAGAUUCUAUGGAAAAGUAUGAAUCAACAUACGACCCUUCACAAAUGACAGUUCGAGACGAAUUAAUCGAAAUCAUUAAGAAAUGCACACUUAAGGAGCGUGAAUCUCGUCCAAAGGCUGAAGAAUUAUGCGAAUUAAUCCGAAAUAUCGCAAUAAAUCUUCUUUCACCUGAUGAUUUUGAUAAAUUUAGAUUAAUAUGUUUAUUGGCUGAAAAUGAACAAUAUGCAUCAGGUCCAUUUGGAACAAAGGAACAAAUUGAAGCGUAUCUCAAGGCAGGUUUUAAUGAAAUUGAUUCAAACAUCAAGAAUAAUCUUAAUAAAAUCAAAGAGAUCUUGAACAUCAAUUGCGAAGAAGGAAGUCUAUCAUCAAAUGACUUUUUUGCUAAAAUUUCAAAAUAA